UUUUUUUAAUAACUUCCUAGUAAGAGUGUCGUCACUAGUAUGCGCCAAUGCGUUAGGCUAGUAUUAGAGGUAAAAAUGGCGUCUUCGUUCUGGAAAGGGGUAGUUGGAAUCGGCCUUUUUGCUUUAGCUCAUGCAGCAUUUUCAGCUGCUCAACAUUAUUUUCCAUCUGAGGGGGGUGAAUGGAAAAAGAAAUGUAACAGGUUACGUAGUAAUUGUUUUCAAGAGCAGAGGUUUAUCUGGUUGUUCUAUGUAUAUAAUCGAUCUUAUAUGCGAUUAACAGAAAAAGAAAAUGAAACCCUACCAAUAGAUAUAGUUCUUCAGACACUCUUCGCUUUUUUAAUAACGUGUUAUGGAAUAGUACAUGUUGCAGGAGAUUUCAAAGACAUGGAUGCUACUUCAGAACUCCAGAACAAGUAUGUUGCAUUAAGAACCGAAGUAUUGCUGUAUGUUUAG